AUGGACAGGCACAGGCGAGCGCACCCUCUUUUUUCCCACCGACUCGUCGCCAUGCGCACCACAUCUACGGUACCUCCUUGGUCACCCUCAGGCAUCUACCCUACCCAGUGCUCCAUCCGACUCUCCUCCAGAUCGACCCUUGACUGCUCGGCAAACACGGUCCAUCGAGCCAGUACCAAACGGAGCGCUCAAAGGGUUUGGCUUGAUGGCUUCCCGGCUAGCCGCGCGCGCCCUACGGCGACCGGUCCUGUUCGCUGGGACAUGGGUGAGCGAGUCGUGCACCAGAGGCCCACAAGAAAUUUCCGCCGUUGCAGGAACCGUCCUCGCUCCGCUCUCCUCCUCCCUUCUUUCAGAGGGAGAGGGCUCCGCUGUCCAAGUCUCUCAGUCUCCCACCGCCCCUUCGCCGCUCCACAUCACACCAACCCGAACUUGUACAAUAGCCUACAACCCGUGACCGAGACCCAGAUCGCCUCCCUUGGCCGCCCGGGCUGUAACCAGUGCCUCGAUCCCGCCAAGUCAACGUAUGGCAUUCCUUCCACCGGAGCGUUUUAUUUUUUCGGAACCACCAAAGCCGGCAAUGUCGUAGCCAAGGCACACGCCGACAUGAUUGCCGUCUAUGAUCUAGCCAUUUCCAACAGCGAGGUACCUGAGAUGGCUCGGACCGCACAUCAACCUCUGCUCAGCGUCGCAAGAUACGAAGCUUCAAACGAUUUUCAGUAA